AUAAAAAUGCAAAACUAUCCUUUAAUGCUAUAUUUAAUGUUGUCAGUUGUAGAUAUUUUGAAUUGCCGCCAUUGUAAGUAGUUGUGUCACGAUUCGAUGGCCAUACUCUAUUUACAUUGAUUAAAAUACCUAUAAAAACAGUCAUUUAUCCUAAAGCAAAAGAGUAUUAAUUAUUUUUUACACUCGAUUUCCACUAAAUCGAUCCUAUUUUAUGCAUGCUCUAAUUCUAAUCCGCACGUUUGUGGAGCUAGUUACGUAUGUAUAUUGAAAUAAGUGUUGCAGAUGUUUACAAAGAUUGUUUAAAACAAAAAAUUGAAUUCAACUUAUUUUCUACACUUGGCCAUUGUCAAUGAAGCUAAGAUUUCAAUAGGUUAAUCAAGCAAAAUAGACGAAUUUUUUGGUACAUAUCCCAUUCGUGUAACGCUUAGGCCCAAAAUGGGGUUUCUCCUUUGCACGUUUCGCGUAUGACUGGAUCACUUUAUUUCUGUAAUAAUAUAUUGAGGGAACAUAAGAGAAUUUAUGUCACUAACCCGUUCUUGUGAAUGAAUACGUGUUGUUCGAAAUAAAAGUGAUAAUAAGUAUCGAUCCUUUGACCUGGGAUACGUUAUUGAAUAUGCCAAAUCACCCAAGAAACCGCUCACACGUGUGGUUUACUUAUUGUAAUGGUUUGUUCGUCUGUCAUCACAUUUCUUUUGUCGUUUUUUUGCUAAAGUGAAAAAUAUAGAAGUCGAUUUUGGUUGUUUGAUCAUCGGGAAAUGAUGUUCUAAAAUUUAUUUUGCCUAUUUUAUUGAUUUGCUUUGGAGAUUUGUAUGACUUUUUUUUUGCAAAACUAACUAUGUAUAACUAUAUACAUAUAAAUAUUACAUGAGUACACAUUAAAUAAGGAAGACAAUAUUCAUAGUUAAAACUAUUUUUACUGUCAUUGUAUAAUAUUAUUGCCGACGUUUCGAGUACUUUAUAGCUUUCUUCGUCACGGACGAUUCGACACGAACAACCAUAAAAAUAGGUCUAAUCACAUACGACUCUCGAAAACCGAAGAGGAUACUAUAAGACAAUGUUCUUUAGAAAUAGACUUAAAAUGACAUAGAUUGUACACAGUCGUUUCCUUUUUUCGAACGCUGUGUGUUUUGAUAUGCUUAGUCCAAAUUAUUGUUUUGUAAAAUGUGGGAGUCAAAAAUAUUAAUAGGCAGGGCCCAAUGUAUUUGCAGUUAAUUAACUAUGCCGCGGUAAAAAAUUAGGAUACGUACCAGAGUGCUCUUCGGGUGGAUAACAUGAUGCUGUCUAUUUCUGCCAUAGAAAAUUACCACAUUAAUACUCUGAACUAAAAAAGAAUACUUGAAGGUGCCGGUUUUGAACGUAGCAUUCAAAACCUGCCCGACAAAAAUACGAUGCUACUCAAACUGAAGGUUUUUUGUUUCCGACCUACAGAGAAGUCACUCGUAAGAAAGAUUUUAGCUUCAUUUCAUUUUUUUGUGUUCAGUGAAAUAUUAUCAAAGCACAAACGGACCUAUUGUCAUCAAAUCAGGGGGACGACCUGAAUAAUACUCUAGUUAAAUAUUAUGUGGGCGUGUAUAAUAUUUUGAUUCAUAAAAUUACUGUUUUUUUUUGUUUAUGUUCUUCCUCUUUGUUUUUUUGUGUAAAAUAUUCUAUGGUUUAUUAUGUAUAAUGUUGUGCUAUAAUCUUAUGUACUAAGUUAAUUACUGUGAUAAAUUAACUUAAUUAAAGCAAAUCUAAUGUUUUCGUAUAAUAUUGUCCAAAUAAAAUAUUCAGAGGUCAGAAAUUAAAGCAGAGCUUUUGGAACGAAGUUCCUUAUGGGGCGAUGCGGAGGGGUACCCUAACCGGGAAAAAACGUCCGUAACGUAAGAUUUUUAUUAGUAAUGCACACAGUGUACGCCUUAACUUUGUAAUGACGUACAACAAAUAACAUAUUUUAUUAUAUAUAUUUCAUAAGUCAUUGUGAAUAAAAUAAAGUUGAUAAAUUUGUAAAGUAGCAUUUUUUUAUCAAAAAAAAAUCACAGUAAAAAAUGUAUACCCGAAUAAUUAUUUACUUUAUACCUCGAAUAGAACUUAAAAUUAAUAUUUUUAUAAUACGGAACUUCGUUCCUAUCCGGUGUCCCACAACACCACAUAUUUUUAUUUUGUUUUUAGUGCCAAUGUUUGUCGGUGGUGGAGUGUUAGUUGACAAUUAGGAGUCAGGAGCAGUCAGGACCGCGUAGAGGAAGCUCUCAGGGUGGACGCAGCGCGGGACGAGGGUGCGAGAGCCACCCUAUUCAGUGUGCGAAGAUCGUCGUAGCGUUCAGUUCGUAACGCGACAGCGGUCUGGCUGCCAGGCUAUUCCCCGCUCGUGUGCUCUCUACCAAACGGAGGUUGCCAUGUGCUCGGCCAAAGUUUGCAUGAACCUUAAAUAAACUAUUCUUGUAAAAAUGAAAGAAAAAACGUGGCAGUAUUCGGCAGCAUGGCGCUCGACAAGGAAAAUACAGCAGUUCCUAUUAUUGGCAUGGAUGUCAUCUUUGGUCGUAUAUAAUACGGAGGCCGCAGGGACAAUCUGCCCUGAUGAAUGUACUUGUACUAUGACAUUUGAUCUCGAAGAAGGCCAUACAACGCAAGUGGCUUGUCAGCAUGGACACAUGAGGAUAAUCCCGGUCGACUACAUGGACCGUGACGUGCAUGUUGUUAUUAUAGCCGCUCCUCCGGAUCGACCUAACUUUUUAACCAUUGGACCCAUAUUUACUCAACCAGCCCCAUUUGUAAACCUUCGCGAACUUCACAUUGUUAAUUCCAAUGUACCGUCGAUUGGGCAAUUUUCCUUUUGGGGCCUGCAAAAUUUAAGAGUUUUAAAUUUGACACACAACAACCUUACGAGUGUAGUAGCUGAUAAUUUUAGAGGUCUCAUAAAUCUUACUGAACUUCAUCUCGAUCAUAAUCAUAUCGAACAGAUGUCAAGCGAGACUUUCAGACACCUGACCUCAUUAAAAACUCUAAUAUUGGCCAAUAAUCAAAUAUCGACACUCGUGUCGAGGUUGUUUAGAAUGCUGGCGAAGUUGUCUAUUUUGGAUUUGAGUGACAACCCAUUAACUGACUUGAACCCUGAAGUUUUUAAAGAUAUUCAACACUUGCGAAUAUUUAAAUGUAGAAGAUGUUUACUGAGACGCAUAAACACACAAAUUUAUCAUUUAGUACCUAGACUCGAGGAAUUGGAUUUGGGUGAAAAUUUAUUUAAAUACUUAACAUCAGAUGAAUUCAUAAGCUUGAAGCGAUUAAAAAAAUUAAAAUUGGACGGGAAUCAAUUGUCAGUAAUCGUGGACAACAUGUUUGGACGGAACCGGGAACUCCACGUACUAACAUUAUCACGCAACCGUCUAGCCCUCUUGGCGCCAUUGGCCCUCACUAAUCUAACCGCCCUCACACAUUUGGAUAUAAGUCAUAACAAAAUUGACAGGUUCCAUUUGCAAACUUUCGCUCCGGUUGUGGACUCCUUAAAAACAAUAAAUUUCAGUGGAAAUAAUUUACCACUAAACGAAAUUGCUAUCGUAUUACAAAUACUACCAGAGAUUCAUGGAGUAGGCUUAGCCAACUUGUCACUGCAAGAAAUACCUCAAAAUUUCUUUACAUACAACGAGCAUCUCGUGGCUUUGGACUUAUCUUGGAAUAAAUUAUCCAGGUUUCCCUUCAAACUUCUAUCUAAGACAAAGUUUUUACAGCGAUUAGAUAUAUCGCACAACAAGUUACAAACCUUAAGCGAACAGGAUUUGCAAAGAUUGGAAGCUAUAGCUGAAGUAAACUUAAUGAAAAAUAAUUGGCAUUGCGAUCAAUGUUCGGCGAGUAAUAUGCUUUUGUACAUGACCACAACAGUCCUUAACAGUACAAUACGAGUCCUCAAAUGCCACUCCCCGUUAAGAUUGCGAGGCGCAACUUUUGGUAGUCUGAGUUUUGAGCAAUUGGAUCCAUGUCCGACGACACAUGAAGCACAAAUGAGUGUCAUUGCGGGAUUAAUGCUGUUAUGUGUAGCUGUCCUCUCAGCAGUAGCUGCGGCGCUUUGCUGUACACGACGUCGCGCCGCCCAAUACUAUACCAAUGAAGAAAAGCGUAGAGAACACGAUCAUGAACAUCCAGAAGAACUGCUUGGACAUACGGAACUUGGCAGCGUCGCUACUAUCCACGCGCCGUACCAACUCGUCUCUAAGGACAGCUAACAACGCGCCUUGUCGCCGCCGGCGUCGCAACCAGAUUUGCAUGAGUUGCUCGAUCCCCCUGCUCCGUUCGCCUCAGCUUCGUCUCCGACUUUUGAAUCGACAUCGCUGCACUAUUUAUCUACGCGUAUUGAACCACCGACUCUUUUUAAUGAUAUGAACGAUAUUUGAUACGAGUAUGAAGACGAUCUUGUGUAAAGCCAAACGAUGGAACUUUACAAGGUAUUGAAGACAGUUGUAUGAACUUUUCAGUAAAUUUUUAUGACUAGCUAGUUGUACGAGCGGAUUUUAAUUGUUUACGUAGAAAAUAAAUAUUGAAAAGUAUUUUUCUACACGUAGGUUUUAUGUACUAUAUAUAUAUACGCGCAACGUUAUUUACCUGAAACAGGUGUUUAGAGUUAGGAAACUUUCAGGAAUAUUAAUUGAAGUUACUGAGUAAUAUCAGUGUAUUCAAAUAACUUCAAUGUUUGUAAUUUAGUUUAUGUAUUAGCGCGUAAAAUUUCCUUUGGCAUCCUAUAGCUAUAAUUGGUAGAUCUAUCUAUAGUAUGUAUUUAAUCUUAAGCAUAGGCACACAGCGACAUCAUUUAACUUUAUUUUUAAGUCUACGAUAUAGAUCAUAAUUAAUGGAUGAAUUUUGUAGUUUAUAGGAGUAUUCACUUUAGUGUUAUGUCAUCGGGUGAAACAUAAUAAUAUAGAUUUGGGUAUAUGACCUGAGAGUCGAAAUUAUGAAGACAUGUUAUUUUUUUUUUCAAAAUCAUUUAUGAUUAAAGGCAUCGUGCCAAAUAUACCUACUGUAUAAUAAAUAUAAUUGUGUAAUAUGAAUUUAUUACAUCAUUCUUUUGUGGCAUUUUUGUAAUUAGAUGUAAGAUGUAUAUUUAGUUUUACUGUCGAUAAUGAAUUGAAAUGUAUUAAAUGAUAAGUAACUUUUAAUACUCGUUUUUAGCAGUAAACAUUAUUAAUAUCUUUAUAAUUAAUUAUUCGAGAUCCUUUGUACAUAUUGAUAAUAUACGAAGGAAACCAAUUAUAUCUUCGAUGAAACUACAAUAAUCAUCGGUAUUUAUUAUACCUUUCGUAUUUAUUUAUUAACCACGAAUCCUGUGCGUGUAUUAUAAUUUACAGUAUUAUAUUAUAUAAAACAGUAUUGUAAUAUACAAAUACAUUUCUAAUUCAUAUCUUGAACUCUUAACAUGAACAGCUACUAACAAGUCAAGUCAAGUUCGUUAGAAAGGAUUAUAACAAAAAUAUUUUCUCAUGUAGGUGACCCCGUAAAACUUUAAUGUUGAAAAAACAAAAGUUUAAAUUGAAAAACUUGUUAUUGUGAACCUUAAUAAUAUUUAGAGAUUGUGUUUUCUUGGUGGAAUUCCCCAAUUAGUGAAUUUUAUUUUGUAGAUCAAGUGAAUUAAGAACGGUCAAAAAUUUAUGUACUUACAUUUAAUAGUACGGUUUUUUAAAUUACAUUUUCACUAAGACAUAUGAAACAGCUUUAGUUUCAAUGGCUUCGUGUAGAUCGGCGUACUACCAUUAUUAUAAAAAGUAUAAAGAUAAUAAUUCUGCACUAAAUGUUGUAAUAUGUAGCACAAUAUUCGAAUACAAUUGAAAGUUUAUAAUACUUAUUGAUGGUUCGUGUUUUAUUAUGUGUAGUAGUUGUGGUAUCGGGUAUAUGUUCGAUUAUUAUUAAAUAUUUAUUUAAAAAGUUCGUAGCAAUUCAAUGAAAUUGCACUGUAAGAUGAACACCAAUUAAGUAGCACUAGUCUGUAAGAAAAUGGAUUGAGUGUCCAACAUAAACACUAAAUAUAGAACAAUAAGAUAAUAAAUAUAUUUUCGUCAAAUAAAUAAGUGUGUAACAGCUUUUUCAAUGAAAAUUUAACACAUUUCGUUUUUACGGUCUGUCGUAAAUUUUCGUUUUGCGUUGUUUUUAAAUUGUUUAGGUUCUGAUAAAAUUUUCCUUUUCUUUUUCUAGCUAGUAAAUUUCGGUAAAAUAUAAUUUUUUGUGUGCUUUACAAAUAUUUAUUUUAAAUAUUUACCCAUAGGUCGUAUUCUAAAGUGACAUAGAAGCUAACGAGUGGAGUAAAUUCUAUCAGCAUUUCGCAUUUCAGAAUCUUAUAAUUCAACUUUAUGAUAAUUUGUGAACAAAUUUAUGAUAAUUUAAUCGUUGGAACGAAUCGUAAUAGCAAUCUCUUUUACUGUACUGGUACGCCGUGUAAUGUUUUAUUUUUAUAAGAUAGCAGAGGACGUUUGGUUUAUUAUUGUUAGCUUCCAUGAAUUUGGGCCUAGAUAAUAAGAGAAAUGUGUAGAUUUUAGGUCAUCUAAUCAUUGCAAACAAAAUAUGCUAUAAAUGUCGUAUGUAUUCACAACCAAAAAAUUUUGAGGUUUACCGUAGGAAUUAAAACUAGGUUAGAAGCUCCCAAAAAACAAAACAUAAAACACAAAAAAAAAACACGAAAUUUCCGUUAUUAAUCGACUAAACAAUAAAAUUCUUUGUAAAUAUUUAUUUACUUUCAAAUUAAUAAUUCAUUUUAAAGGUUGUAUAAAUAUUUUUGUAAUGUAUCGAAAUGUGCACAUAAAGAAUGAGAAGUUUAAAACUUAAAUAUAACUGAUGUGCUUAGGGAUAACAUAACAAAACAUAUCUUUUUUGCUUUGUGUACGAUGUUAAAGCACUCAGUGGUAUAUAUAUAAAUGUUUACGAGGUGUUGUAAUUUUUCAAAUAUCAGUGUACAGUAAUAUUUACAUGUUUGAUAUGACUUAUUGUGAUAAGUUUCAUGUAUAAAUAAUCUAUCAUUAAUAACCUAAAACCGUUUCUUAUUACAUACACGGUUGGCUAAGGCUAUUUUCUUAAAACCGUAUCUAUACAGUAGCAAUAGAACUUUAGCAAAAUUUUCCGGUAAAAUUAUAAAAAAACCUAUAAAAAAUAUUGAUAAUUUUAAGCAAACCACUGUUCGUGUUUGAUGUUUCAAUAACGUAUGCAAUAAGACAGUAUUUAUUCAAAUAAUAUUCUUAAUCAGUAAUAAACAUCUAAUCUGUGUAAUGUAUUCAGUUAAGAUGUAGUUUGAAUAAUAGAUUUUCGCACGUGCGUAUAUUAACUGUACCAAAAAAUUGCACACUUGAUGUAACUUAAACAUGUAUAAUAUAUUAAUGGAAACCAAAUUGUCUAUAAAGUACUUUAAAAAGAAUAAUUCAAAUAUACCACGUGUUUAAAAAUGUGAAUCAAUAAUAAUUAUUAUUUACCACUACAUUUUUGUCGUCAAAUCAAAUGGAUGUUGGAAUGGAAUUAUACAUCUUAAAUCUUUAGUAACGUUAAAAAUCCUGUGAUUUGGAAAAUCGAUUAAAAAGUAGGUAUUCAUUACAUCUUAAACUAAAAUUGAAUUUUUUAUUUGCCCUUAAGCGCUUCUUGAAGAUUUGCGUUGGGAGUAAAUGAGUUAAUUUUCUUACAUUGUUUUUCAAAGCACUCACUAUUCUUUUUUAAUAAAAAUUCAACGAUAAAUACGUAACCACGAUAACAACCAAAAAAAUGUUGAAGGCUUGGAAUGUAAUUUACAAGCCUAUUUGUAUCAAAUAUAUUAUGUUUAACUUGGAGACGAUUUAUUUUGCAACUGGACUUUUUUUUACCAACUACAGUCGAUAUCGAUGUAGGUGAUUGAUCAGCUUUGAUAUUGAGAAGUUUAAUAGUUAUCUCAAAGAGAUCGCAUUAAAGUAAAACACCUUGUAGUAUUUAUUUCCAAAAGUAUUUUGGUGCGCAUCACUGGUGCGCUUCACCGCGCAUCUGCUCAAGACGAAUGCUAUUUAUUAGCUUAAGAGAUAUUUCUAUUUGAUCAUAGAACAGUAUAUUCCGAUGCUUGUUUUGAUCAAUAAUUAAAUAGACACAAAAUCAAAAUGAAAUAAUCAAAGAAAGCCACGAAACACUUUCAGACCCAAACGCUCUAUAGAAUUGAGAAAUAAUAAAUCUGAAUUUUACUGAAACUGCUAACAGAGAAUACCUUUGCCUUGUCCUUUAGAUGCCUACAGUAAAAAAUAAUUCAAAUCACAGUAUUCAAAUUAUCCACAUUAAUAGAUUAAUCUAUUCUAAUUUAGAAAUAAUACAAUAACUAUGUACGUAAUUUUGUAAAAAAAUAUUUAAUUUUUCUUUUAAUUUCUUUCAAGCGUUCUAGUUAUUUUUUAAAGCAUAUUAAAAUCACAAAUAAUAACGCAGUAAAUUAUAAAUGAAUUAUAAUAAUACAAUGAAUCAAAUUUGUGAUAAUAGAAGCAGCAAAACAAUCUGUAAUUUUUCCGUGUUCGUUGCUCAAGCUUACUUGUAAAUUCGUAUGUUUUGCUGCCAUAGAUUUGUGUUCCUUACUGAUAAAAUCAAUCUCCUUGAAUCUAGACAAGGGUGAAACUAAAAUUGGACACUUUAUGUGCUUAAACAAAAGGUAUAUGCGAACAUAGUUAUUUGUACUUUGUGACCAUACUGUGUUUUAUUACGAAAUUAUUAGAUUAACAUAACGUAGUAUUGAAGAAAAAAGUAUCCAUACCCAUACUUUACUUGUACUGUAAAAUAAUUUUAUUUACGGAAGUUUUACGAUUUUUGUUUCAUUCAAAACCUAAUAACUGUAUUGUUUCUAAAUUAGUAGGUAUUUAAAUGAUUGAAUUUAUUGUAAUUAUCUGUCUUUAUAUGUUGGUCAAUAAAGUUAUUUUAUCCUA